AACACUACCAAAAUACAAAAUUCCCAGAAUUAUAUUCAGAUUUCUGAGUUUCCAUAUCACCCAAGCAAUGAAAAGAGAAAGAGAAAGUGUAGAAAUUCAGGGUUUCGACAUUGCAAAAUGUCUAAUGCUGCUAUCUCAAGGCCUACAAACCAGGCCUAAAGUCAGCGAGGGCUUCGAGUGCAAAACCUGUCACCGUUGCUUCCCAUCGUUCCAAGCACUAGGAGGUCACCGAGCGAGCCACAAGAGACCCAAAUUGGCGGGGGACAAACCCAAUGAAAUCCUUAGUUUAUCAUCAACCAACCCCAAGACUCACGAGUGCUCCAUUUGCGGCCAAGAGUUUUCCAGGGGACAAGCUUUGGGUGGCCAUAUGAGGAGGCAUCGAGUUUCCGUUAACGAAAGCUUCUCGCCGUUUCCGCUUGUUUCGAUGGUGCCGGUGUUGAAGAGAUCGAAUAGUAGUAAGAGGGUUGUUUGCUUGGACUUGAAUUUGAGUCCGUUGAGAGAAUGA